AUGCCCGGCCGUCUGCUUGCCAGCUUGGUCCGUCCCUCGACGCACUCUUCGGCUUCCUCAACCCUCUCCCACUCAACCUCCUCCUCCACCUCGUCCGUCAACGAGAUCCCUCACAAUAUCCCCGUCAAGAAGCCUGAACGCCCCCAUUCCCCUGAGCGUCGUCUGUCCUUGGCCAUGGAGCAUCUCAUUCACCCGCACCGCGACCACAGCAAGGAGAAGCGCCGCAGCUUGGCUCGCUCCGCUCGCUCCAAGGAGCGGCCCCUCCAUGUCGCCGAGGCCGCCCCGGCCUCGGCCAAACUGGAUGUCAUCGUCGAGAGCCCGCCGCUGGUCUGCUAUGGCACUCCCGCCACCUCCACGGGCACCCUGUUCUCCGGCCGUCUGCGUGUGGCCGUCACAGACGCCGCGGGCGCCAUCUCGCUCGACCAGUUCGACAUGCGUCUCCUCUCGCGCGUCACCACCAAGAAGCCCGUCUCGCGCGAGUGUGCCGGCUGCUCCACCCACACCGAGGAGCUGAACAGCUGGUCCUUUCUCCGCGAAUCGUCCCUGCAGCUCAAGCUCAACAGCGGCGACCACGACUUCCCCUUCAGCUACCUCUUCCCCGGCAACACCCCGGCCUCCUGCAACGGCGUGCUGGGCGAGAUCGAGUACCGCCUGUGCGCCCGCGCCCGGACCACCACCGGCGAGGAGCUCACCUUCCAGAUGCCCCUGCACAUCCGCCGCGCCAUCCUCCCCGGCCCGGAUCGCUCCUCCAUCCGCAUCUUCCCCCCGACCAACCUGACCGGCCGCAUCGUGCUGCCCUCCGUCGUGUAUCCCAUCGGCACCUUCCCCGUGCAGAUGACCCUCAGCGGCGUGGUCGACAAGGGCGAGGAGACGCAGACCCGCUGGCGGCUGCGCAAGAUGAUGUGGCGCAUCGAGGAGCACCAGAAGAUCGUCUCCGCCGCAUGCCCCAAGCACACCCACAAGGUCGGCGGCGAGGGCAAGGGCGUGCUGCACCAGGAGACCCGUAUCAUCGGCCACAACGAGGAGAAGACCGGGUGGAAGACCGACUUCGACACCGCCGGCGGCGAGAUCAGCAUGGAGUUCGAGGCCAACAUCAACCCCACCAGUCAGCCCGUGUGUGACCUCGAGCAGCCCGGCACCGGCGGCCUCGAGGUCAAGCAUAACCUCGUCAUCGAGCUGAUCGUCGCCGAGGAGUUCUGUCCCAACCGCAACGUCCGCCUCAUCACCCCUACGGGCGCCGCCCGCGUCCUCCGCAUGCAAUUCAACCUCCACCUCACCGAACGCAGCGGGCUGGGCAUCAGCUGGGAUGAGGAGAUGCCCCCGGUCUACGAAGACGUGCCCGCCAGUCCCCCGGGCUAUACCGCCCUGUCCUCCCGCAGCGCCAUCGAGGACUACCAUGGCUCGCCGCUGCCGCUGCCCGAGUACGACGAGUUGGACCGCAUGGAGUCGCUGCGUCUGGACAACGAUUCGUGUUCUUCCUCGUCGAGAGCCCACAGCCACUCGUAUUUCACCACAGACGAUCUCACGGCGGAGCCUGUGCGGCUUUCAACCCAACCCGAGGCGGAGCCUGAACCUGAAACACCGCAGAUUGAGAUUUCUCACGACUUAUAA